AUGGAAGAGCUUACACACCAGCAGCUCGCAGCCAAAUCCUUCUGUAUUCUAAAUUCCUGGAUUAUGGACAUCCACGAGUGCAUAAAGUACAUAAGAAAGAAAACGGGCCAUGGCGGGCGGCGUGUUAACAUCAGAGCCGGCGGCGGAGCUAGCAGCGGAGCCAACGGCGGAGCUAGUAGCGGGGCCAACAUCGGAGCCAGCGGCGGAGCUAGUAGCGGGGCCCACAUCGGAGCCAGCGGCGGAGCUUGCAACGGAGCCAUUAACGGAGCUAACAUCGCCAGCAACGGACCAUGGGAUAGUCUCAGAACCACGAUCACAAAAAAAUAA